CCGUCGACGCCGCGCGGCCCGCGCUCCAGGACGCCGUCGAGUCCGGCAGCCAGGACGACGGCGAGGACCCCGACAUGCCUUGGGCGGACGCCGCGCUCGCCGCCGUAACGCUGCCGCACCACCGACCCAGACCGCCCAGCGCGCCGAGCACGCCGAGCACGGCGACGAGUACCCGCGGCAGCCACCCAGGUGCGGUGGGAUGGGCCGCGUGCUCGCCGGCGUGCUGAUGGUGUGCCUGUCGCUGCCGUGCUACGUGUGGUACGCGGGCCAGACGCCGUCCUUCGCGCCGCCAGGGCCAGGGCCCCAUGCCGCCCCUCUGGUCGCACAGCCGACCGUACCGCCGUACCAGCUGCUCAACGAGUCGCAGCCGGCGCCGUUGGAGGAGCUGCUCGGCCUGGCGGACGACGACGCUGUGUCCCUGAUCGACGUCCGCGGCUUCCGUUGGCUGCUGGCGCCCGCGGCCCCCGGCGUGUGCGCGCCGCUCGUCCUGGUGCUCGUGCACACGGCCACGGACCACACCGAGCACCGCCGCCUGAUCCGCGAGACCUGGGGGUCCUGGGGGUCGCAGGGCCAGGCGCACGCCGGGGAGGUGCUGGUCCGCUUCCUGGUGGGGCAGACGGCGGCCAGCGACGCCGGGGUGGAGGAGCAGCGUCGUCUGGAGGAGGAGGCCGCCGUGCAUGGCGACGUGGUGCAGGGCUCCUUCACGGACGCGUACCGCAACAUGACGUACAAGCACGCCAUGGGGCUCAAGUGGUUCGCCACCAAGUGCCCCAACGCCAAGUACGUGCUCAAGGUGGACGACGACGCGUUCGUCAACACCCCCGUGCUGCUGGACUUCGUGCGGCACGCGCUGUCGCCGCACGGCGCCCGCCGCCUGCUGGCGUGCACCGUGGUGACGGGCGCCCGGGUGCGGCGGUCGUGGCGCUCCAAGUGGCGCGUGGCGUACGGGGAGUUCCCCGGCCACCAGUACCCGGACUACUGCGAGGGCUGGGCCGUGCUGUACUCACCCGACGUGGCGCUGGCGCUGUACCGCGAGCUGCAGCGCGGCCCGUACUUCUGGAUCGACGACGUGUACGUGACGGGCGUGCUGGCCGCCAGGCUCGGCUUGGCGCACGCGGCCUGGGACCCCCUGGUGCUGACGGCCGGCGACCUGCCCCGCAUGCUGUCCGGGGAGCAGCGGCCCGCUUUCAUGCUGGCCCUGUGGUACAGCACCAACAUGGACAUGGCCACGGAGCGGCAGCUGUGGGCUCGCGUGGUCAGCGACACGGAGCGAGCGCGCGCCCUCAACACGACGUGGACGCCGUCGCGGCGCCUCUAGAUUGCCUCCAGCCAGUGUAGGCGCGCCACUGCCCGCUGUGGUGGCGAAGUGAAGGCAGAGCCGACGCCGGAGCCACCGGCAGAGACGCCGCUUAGGAAUCAAAUUCCGAAAGUGCCAGUCGGUUUGCCUCUUACUCACUGUCGGUAUGUUUUGUGAUCUCAAAGACUGAUAGUUAUUGGAUUGAUUUUCUCGUGACAGAAACCUGACUGUUAUUUUGUGCUCGUGAUAAAGCUCAAGUACUGCAGGCGGUACAGAAAACAAAGUUCUCACUCCUUUUUUGUUGUUGUUGUUGUGUGUGUGUGUGUGUGUGCGGAUUAGGAGCUCAUGAUUGAACUUGUGUUGUCAACACAAGUGUUUGAAAGAAAGUAGAUUGUUUUCUUGUAAUUUGACAUGAGGAAAGAAACCACAGUAACCACAUAAUAUUUGAAUAUUUAUUUUAUUUGAUCUCAGAAUUACAAGCAUGAUUUCUGUUUGUUGAAGUUACUUAUCUUCAAGAUGCUCAAUUUAUGUUCAAUGUACAGAAAUAAACAGAUGUUAAACUUAAA